AUGUUGUAACUCAAUAUGUUGCAGAAACUGAUGCAAAGAGCAUCCUGCAUCCUUCCAAUAGUCUGGAUUUAGCCUCGUGUGUGUUUCUUCUAUUCCAUAACCUGAAGAAACACCUAUACGAGAGGCAUUUUCCAUCAUCUGAAGCAGUAUUGAAGGCUGUGAUUCUGCAGGUCCUUUCAGAAAAUCGAUCCCAGCAUGCCUUUACAGACUUGUGGAAACACUGGGACAAGCGCAUCACAUCCUCAGGAGGCUAUUUCAAAAAGGGCCAUCAAACUUGUGAGGAUAAUGAAAGAAAAAAUGCCCAAUGAUGCAUUUGGUUAAAUGCACUAUGCUUCUUAUCUUGCUGGCAUAUGCAGCUUGUGAACAUCAUGCUGAAAACCUGGAGCGUGAAAGUAACACUCAAGCUCAGCCACGUCUGGGCCACCGCAUUCAACUCCUCUUCCCACUGCUAAUUGCUGUCGCAGCACGCUUAGGUGCCCUGCUACCAAUGGCUGGCAGCAUCCUCACAGGUGUUGCACUUAUGGUGGUGUUUGCGAAGGUAUCACUCAUUGUCAGUACAGUGACACUCUUAGUAUCUUCAUUAUCAGCCUUCCAGAGGGAAGAACACUAUGUUGUAUCAAUACGCCAAGAAGGUCCAUAUCAUUUGCUAAAUUCACAGUGAGUGGAUACUUCCCUUUUCAACAUUAAGACUGAAAAAGUAACAAAGUGUGUAAGUACUUAAAAUGAGUGUAAAUAUAUGUGAAAAAUGGAUUAUAAAUUUACUUCGGUUUUGGAGGAUAAUUUGUAUCUAUUUCAUUGAUGUAAGUCAGUAGAGGAUACUUUGUUCUU